AUGUCUCGUAAUCAGAUAAAACAAGUAUCUAAAUCAGACUUAAAACACUUCCUCUCUUUAGAUCACACUUCCUUCACAGUCCUUUCAGUUAGCUGUAAACAUAUAGAAAGCACUGACCGUAUCUCAGUAACUUUAUCUAAAAACAGUGCUCGCUCUUUUUACCUUGGAAAACCCAAAAAUCCCACUGAACAGCACUCUUUUUCCCCUUUAACUAAACCAGAUGACUGUCUAAAAGAUGCUCAGAACUGUGUCUACUUCCAAUUCUUUAGUUCUAAAGAAAAAAAACUCUACACUCGCUUCUUAGAUAAAGUAGAAACCGAACCUUUUAAAAUUCCGAUUCAAAAAGUUCCUAAUUCAGUAAAACAGCAUGCUUCCGCUACUCAUUAUCUUCAAUUAUUUCUUCGUAGAACAAGAAUUUCACCUCCUGUUGAAACUGUCGGGCUUACAUUAGCCAGUUAUGACCUUACGGAAGAAAGUCUUUAUGCUCAGCAUGGUUUAAAGGAAAACCACAAAACUUAUCGCUUCUUUAAACACUUGUAUGAUUAUGAAGAAAGAACUGCUAUUUUAAGCGGAAAAAGUAAAUUAGAUCUUGCUACUCAGCAACCGUUAAAUAAUCAACAAACUGUUUUUAGGCGUUAUAACUAUGCUACCGGACAAACUUCUUAUUUCUACCGCACCCAAGAAAAACUAAUCGGCACCGCCUCUAAACCAACCCUCAUUAAAAAACACUACCGUUUAGGAACUCGCUCUCUCAAUCCUACUUCUUUACUCCCCCUCUUUUCUAAACACUCUCAAAAAGAAGUUUAUCUAGCCAGAAAGCCUAAACAGCAACUAGACCAAGACUUCCAAACUUUCUUAAUCACCCGUUUACUCUUACUCUGUAAAACAGCCCAAUUUCUCCAUACUCCACUGGAACAGGAACAA